AUGCGCGCGAAGGCUGGCGCUUCUGGCAACUUAACCAGACACUCGAGACUCGACGAAGAUGGCACCGUGUCCCAGCUCAGCUCCAUGAUUCGCGUCCCUCAUUCUCCACGCACCGGCCAGAAAGAGGAGUGGUCCUUUACCUUCUCGUGGGAUGCCAGAACGCGGGUCACCACAAGGCUGUUUGAUAGUCUCUCGGACGACGACAUGGAAGAUAUCAUGAAGUAUCUGUCCGAGCAGGCGCACCAAUGCCACCACCCGAUACUUCUGCCGGCCAUGAUCCAGGAUUCGAUACUGGAAGCUCACGAGGUCGCGACGGUGGAGGGCGUUCGCUCGACACGAGACGCGUUCGAUAAGAAUGGACCUUGUACCCGAGUGACAGAGGAUUUUGUGUCCGAGGUUGGGAAUGAAGCUGUGUAA